UUGGACCGUGGACGUUUCGCUGGCCUCUUCGUCGGCAUCCUCAGGGAGUCUUUCCAUUAUCUGCUCCAAGGUUUUAUACUUCCCAGACCACUAGGACCUUCCAUCCACCAGGUGCCCGACCACUCUCUCUUUAGUAUCGAGCCCCAUCCAACUUCAUUAUCCACUCAAGCCGGCCAAUCAACAUUUUUUGCGGAAGACGAGGCUGAUGAAGGCGAAGGGACCCCUACUGCUAGACAACGCAUUUCUUUACUUCGCCAGCAAGGCUUCUCCUCAUCUGCUUCCUCAUUACAUGAUUCGGAUCCUGCUGAUGCCGUUCCCAUUACCGGAUUUACGUCACCAGCCCAUCAAGAAGUCCAGUUAUCUUUGAAUGCGGUCCUUCCUGCUUCCGCCUCAUCGCCUUCACCACGAGAUUCUCCAUCAACAAAUGACAAGAUUAUUAAUGCUAGCAUAAAUGAUGUGUCCGAUAACUAUUCUCCUACUGCCUUCAGUAAUUUCGACACCACCUCCAGUGGCGUAUGUACUGACGAUGACAAGGCAUCGCCCGUCAUUUUAGCCUCAGAUAUGCUGCACGAAUGGCUUUUAAAAUCGGGACCAACCAAGCUAGUUUCCGUCGAUCAAAUCCAAGAAAAAAUCAGUUCGAAUAUGGCGUCAGUUUCUUCAUUAAGAAAGGAAUCAGAAAAAACUAUUGACAAGGGACACCUCACCACCACUGUUGCGGUAAAUUUGGACGAGAUUGACGAUCAAGAAGAUCUGGAGGUGGCAGAAGAGGAUGACGAAAGUGAGGAUGACGAAGAUGAUGAUGAACUCAUUGAAGAUGAGCCGCCAUGCUAUUUGACGCCUGAUUCAUUUAAGGAUUGUUGGCAUACAUCGGAUCAACUCGUUGACCACGUACUUAGUCUAGGCGUAACAGGCCUUCAGGAUGAAUAUUCCUCCGUCACACGAAUCUCUUCGGAGGGCACUACUUUGGCAUUCAAGUAA